AUGACGAUAUACAUGCUGGACCGAGUUCUCGAGAUGGUGUAUACUACGCUGCGACCAUGCCUUCAUUCUGCGUCUGCCGCGCUUCCGCUUCCACCACCGACAGCUUCAGGAAAUUUCAUCGCACCGAGCAGUCAUGCGGUCUCACCUCCCUGGAGACCAGACGACAAGGACGGUCAUUACGUCUUCGAGCUUGGGGAAAACCUGACUCCCAGAUAUAAAAUCCUGAGCAAACUCGGAGAAGGGACUUUCGGAAGAGUUUUGGAAUGCUGGGAUCGCCAAAUGCAGCAGUAUGUCGCAAUCAAGGUGAUACGGAAUGUACAGAAAUAUCGCGAUGCAGCAAUGAUCGAGAUUGAUGUGUUGACAACUCUUGCAAAGCAUGACAAGUUUGGUCAGAGGGGGUGCGUGGAGCUGAAGGGCUGGUUCGAUUACAGAGACCAUGUCUGCAUAGUGUUCGAGAAGCUCGGCCCAAGUCUGUACGACUUUUUGAGAAAGAACAGCUAUCGGCCAUUUUCUGUGGACGUGGCGAGGGAGUUUUCUAGGCAAUUGCUGGAGUCAGUUGCGUUUAUGCAUGAGCUAACGCUGAUUCACACGGAUUUGAAGCCUGAAAACAUUUUACUUGUUUCGUCAGAGUAUGAGAAGGUUCCCGACUACAGGAGCGCAACCCAGCCAAGCUCCCAAAGUCGGCAUCACAUGAGAAGAGUACCUGUCUCCAGUGAGAUCAGGGUCAUUGAUUUCGGAAGUGCAACCUUCGAUUCACACUACCAUUGUUCCAUAGUUUCAACUCGGCAUUAUAGAGCCCCAGAAGUGAUUCUUGGUACUGGGUGGUCAUAUCCAUGCGACAUCUGGAGUGCAGGUUGCAUCAUUGUCGAGCUUGUCACAGGGGAGGCAUUGUUCCAAACGCAUGAGAAUCUUGAGCACCUUGCCAUGAUGGAAAGACUGCUGGGGCCAAUUUCCCCACACAUCAUCAAGAAGGCUGACCGGCGAGCGGAGAAGUACUUCAGAAAUGGAAGAGAACUCAAUUGGCCAGAGGGUGCUGCUUCACGUGAAAGCAUUCGGGCAGUCCGAAAACUCCCUCGACUAAGAGAUUUAAUUAUGCAAUGUGUGGAGCAUUCGGCCGGCACACUCAUUGAUCUUCUCUACUCGCUCUUGAAGUUUGACCCUGCACAACGGCUCACAGCCCGAGAGGCUUUGAAGCAUCCGUUUUUCCGGGAGCCAAGCCGCUGCCUGCGGUAA